CGCCCCGUCUUCCGAUCUGAUCGCUGAUUGGCUGAGCGCAGUCUCAUGUCAUCAGUCUAUAUUCGGCGGAGCGCGCUCCUCUCAGAAGAAACAGCGGCGCGCUCGCGAGGAUCUGCCCGAAGAUGAAGAGCAAAGCCAAACUCACUCAUCCCGGGAAAGCCAUCCUGGCAGGAGGCAUCGCUGGAGGCAUCGAAAUCUGCAUCACCUUUCCUACAGAGUAUGUGAAGACUCAACUACAGUUAGAUGAGAAAGCCAACCCGCCCAGAUACAGAGGAAUCACGGACUGCGUGUCCCAGACGGUCCGUCAUCACGGAGCGAAGGGUUUAUAUCGAGGCCUCAGCUCGCUGCUGUACGGAUCCAUCCCCAAAUCUGCAGUCAGGUUCGGUGUGUUUGAGAUCCUCAGUAAUCAGAUGAAGGACGAGGCUGGGAAGCUGGACAGCACUCGGGGGUUAGUGUGUGGUUUAGGGGCCGGUGUGAUGGAGGCCGUCCUGGUCGUCUGUCCCAUGGAGACCGUGAAGGUGAAAUUCAUCCACGAUCAAACCUCGGCUAACCCCAAGUACAGAGGCUUCUUCCACGGCGUGCGGGAGAUCGUCAGAACUCAAGGGAUCCGAGGGACGUAUCAAGGCCUGACGGCGACCGUCCUCAAGCAGGGCUCCAAUCAGGCCAUCCGCUUCUUCGUCAUGACCUCUCUCAGGAACUGGUACAAGGGCGACGAUCCCGACAAGUCCAUCAACCCCGUGAUCACAGGAGCGUUCGGAGCCGUCGCAGGAGCUGCCAGUGUGUUUGGAAACACGCCGCUGGACGUCAUCAAGACCAGGAUGCAGGGUUUGGAAGCUCAUAAGUAUAAAAACACUAUGGAUUGUGCCAUGAAGAUCAUGAGACAUGAAGGACCAGCGGUGUUUUAUAAAGGCACGGUCCCGAGGCUGGGUCGAGUGUGUUUGGACGUGGCCAUCGUCUUCAUCAUCUACGAGGAGGUUGUGAAGCUCCUAAACAAAGUCUGGAAGACCGAGUGAAGAGAGACUCUGAGACGUCUCAAGGUUUAUCCCCGCCAUAUUUGAAAAUCACUUUAGUUCACAGAUUUAGUUUAUUAAUAAACGGAUUGCUUAACCGAUGGAUUUAAUAAAAGAGCCAACGAAAGCCGUUUCUGCCACUGAAUAAAAAAUAAGAGUAAAUGAAUUUAACGUUUUAACCAGAGAAAGAGGGAAUAUUUAUAGCUAUAUUUAGUUAACUACAGAUCAUUCCAUUACACUGUGAGAAAGAUAUUUUACAUUUCUGGCAUUUCUAAUUUGUUUGUUUUUUUAUCUAAUGUUUUUACAUUUGUAACACCUUUUUUAUGAAUUGAUUUGAAUAUAUUUAUUUUGCCGUUGCACGCGUGCCUUUGACCAUCGAGCUCUGGAGUUAAUUUUUCAGCACAGACAGGCGUUUCCGGAGCGUCUUUUCUGUUUCUGUGCAAUAUCAUCUGUAUCACACACCACUGGAAGACAGAAAUAUAUGUACUGUAAACACCUCUGAGCAGCAUGCAUCUCCCUCUGUGUGUGUGUGUGUGUGUGUGUGUGUGUGUCAGUAUCUGUUGUGUGAUGUGAAACAGUGUCAUCUAUAUAUUAUUGGUCCAAAUUUAAAGUGGCCACUAGAGGGCAGCAUGAACUGAAGUAUGGUUUUCUGCUUCAGUGUUGAUCUGUGUGUGAGUGUGUGUGUGUGUGUGUGUGUGUGAGUGUGUGUGUGUGUGUGUGUGUGUGUGUGUGUGUGUGUGUGUGUGUGUGUGUGUGUGUGUGUGUGUGUG